GAUCGACCAUCGGGUACAUUUAAGUGACGGACCGAUUAACACGUCGCUGUUUUGUCGACGUUGUUUCACUUUCGGUGCCGUCGAUGAUAAUGAUUUAAAUUUUUAAGGGUUAUUUUUUUUUUUCGUAUCGGGUGGGGAAUUUCAUGUCUUUUGACGUCAAAUAUAAAGUGGAAAAGCCAUGAGAGGAGGCGAGCUAGGAGCGGACGUAUUUAGCCGACGGACAUCUUGAUCCUCAACAUCGCCUUGAUCGUCGUUUUAUCCGCCUCGCCUCAGUAGUUAAAGUUAAGAACGAUUUUAAUGCUUUGCACGACAAGAUAACCUGUUAAAGGGUAACAUGUGGAAGAAGGACUCUGACCGCUUCGAGUAUUUGCAAACGCUCGUCACGGAGUUUCAGGACACCGACAGUGAUGAGGCAAAGGAGCAAGUUCUGGCGAACUUGGCCAACUUUGCGUACGAUCCGAAGAACGUGGAGCACUUGAAGCAGCUUCAGGUUGCUGAUCUCUUCCUGGACAUGCUCACCGAGGAGAACGACAACUUUGUGGAGUUCGGAAUGGGGGGGCUGUGCAACCUCAGCAUGGACCCGGAAUGUCGCGACUUCAUCCUGCAGAGCAACGGCAUCCCUCUGAUCACCAAGUGUUUGUCGAGCCACCGGGAAGAGACGGUGCUGUCGGCCGCGGGCACCCUCGUGAACCUGGCCGGGCCGCCGUCGCUCGGGGGCGUCUGCGACGUGGCCGUGGUCGAGUGCAUGCUGCGCUUCUCCCUGUGCGAGAGCCCCCGCCUGCGCAACCUGGCCGACAUCUUCCUGCAGGACUGCUGUAGCGAGGACCAAGUGAGCCGGGCCCGCCGGGACGCGGCCGGAAGGACGCAGACUGCGCUCGGCAUCCCGCUGCCUCCAGACUGAAGGAAAAGGAACUACGUUGGGGUUUGAUUUCCAGGUCCAGGGAACUGUGUUGUGCACUUUGUACGAAUCCCAACAUAGUCAUUGGGGAGUUGAACAUAAGUUUUUUUUUUUGUUUGUUUUUGUUUUACAUAAAAAAGUUAAUAUACUAGGGUUUUUUUUUUUCAUAAAAUGCAUGUUACAAAUACAAAACGUUCAAAACUGCACAAAUGCCUGCAGUUUUGAAUGUCUUGUACAGUCACCUUGCGUGGUUUGAAAGGUAUUUUUGGAAGAAAACAUCAAGUGCCUUUCUUGAGACGACCUCUGUGAUAUAAAUAACUUUACUGUAAUGUGCAUUUUGAUUCAGCCGGCCAAGAAGAAACUGACUUGACGCAGGCUGUUUUGCUCCGCAAAUCCAGUCGCAAUAAAUAGAAACUGCUGAGGAACACCAAAGCACAACUCAGAAACAUAAAAUCUUUAUUUACGCCUCAAAUAGGUGGAGAAAACAUUUAAAAAGGCAUAACAUGUGACAAACAAACUGAAGACAAAAAUACAGUCAGUUCAGUGCAAUUGCAAAUUUGAAGGCAUCAAGUUCAAACAUCCAUUUGGCACACGUCAAGGCAACUUUGGAAAGGUCAAUGUUGCAUUCAAGGUCACUCAGCAGGUUCAUCCUUUUGAAAGGACUGGAAGAAAAUGCAAGAGAUUCUAAAACAUUACAGCAAUGAGGGGAUCAAAUCUUGAAAAUAUUGGCAAAGUUGCCACAGCUUAGUCGCCCCCCCCCCCCCCCCCCC